GAGCCCUCAUUUUUCGCUGCAACAACGUUGUUUGACCUUGGCUCAUUGAGAGCUAUUUCUGAACUGCAUGCGCUUCUUGUUAGCACGGUGCGUCGGAUGAGCGCAUACGGCAAGAAUAGAUAUUAAAAAACUCACGGAGUCCACCAUUAGAGCGCAUGCACGGUGCUUGAGAGUUGAGACUAGCUCCAUUAUCCGGCUCGUCUGUACCUAGCCCCUUUUAUUGGCGAAGCGGCCGCCGUAAGGAUUGGCUUUUAGCUCCUGCAAGAGAUCGAACUUGUUUUACCUGUGACGGGAGACUGACUUCCGUUAACUUAGCACCACCGUAAAAGAAGUGUUGGCGCUGGAGGAGAAGAUACCGAGGCGGCGUUGCUUCGCUCUCUUCGGUUGGGAGUCAGGGAUCAACAUACUGGUUCGGGAUUUAGUGGUAUUGGUGGCUGCGACCAUUGCUAGUAGGCCAGACGAUUCUUGAUGGGCUCCAACUCGGUUGAUUUAUUUCAGAGUUCUACUGGAGCUCACUUUUCCGGUCUUCACCUCAAUGAACUAGAAAGAAGAGAUUUUAAUAUCGAGAAACCAACUUCAUCUGCUGAAAAUGCUCACAGGCAACCUUUUAUUAUAGGUGUUGCUGGCGGUGCAUCUUCAGGAAAAACAACUGUCUGUAAUAUGAUUAUUGACCAACUUCGUGACCAAAGAGUUGCCCUAGUCAACCAAGAAUCUUUUUAUUAUGACCUGACUGAUGAUGAAAUGGCUCUAGUUCAUGAAUACAACUUUGAUCAUCCAGAUGCAUUUGAUACUGAAAACUUACUUUGUUGUUUGGAGAACUUAAAACGUGGACAGAGUGUUGAAAUUCCAAACUAUGAUUUCAAAACGCACCAGAGCAUAUCACCAUCAAGAAAGGUCAGUCCAGCUGAUGUUGUAAUUCUGGAAGGAAUAUUAGUUUUUCAUGAUCGUCGGCUGAGGGAUUUGAUGAACAUGAAAAUUUUUGUUGAUACAGAUGCUGAUUUACGUUUGUCAAGGAGGAUACGCCGUGACACCCUUGAAAAGGGUAGGGAUGUAAAGACUGUACUAGAUCAGUACUCAAAAUUCGUAAAGCCUGCUUUUGAAGACUUUAUACUCCCAGCAAAGAAGUAUGCUGAUAUUAUCAUGCCCCGGGGUGGAGACAAUCAUGUCGCAAUUGAUUUGAUUGUCCAGCAUAUUUGUACAAAACUUGGUCAACAUGAGCUUUGUAAAAUAUAUCCUAAUCUUUAUGUCAUUCAAUCAACUUUUCAGAUUCGUGGCAUGCAUACAAUAAUACGUGAUGCCCAAACAACAAAACAUGAUUUUAUAUUUUAUUCUGAUCGAUUGAUACGGUUGGUCGUUGAACAUGGUCUUGGGCAUCUUCCUUUCCAAGAAAAGCAAGUAAUUACUCCAACAGGAUCUGUAUACACGGGGGUUGAAUUUUGCAAAAGAUUAUGUGGUAUCUCAAUUAUUAGAAGUGGAGAGAGUAUGGAGAAUGCAUUGCGGGCAUGCUGUAAAGGGAUUAAGAUUGGAAAGAUUCUUAUUCACAGGGAAGGAGAUAACGGUCAGCAGCUAAUAUAUCAAAAUUUGCCUAAAGACAUUUCGGAUAGGCAGGUAUUGCUGCUGGAUCCCAUACUAGGCACAGGAAAUUCAGCAGUUCAAGCUAUUUCACUGCUUCUUGAAAAGGGUGUGGAUGAGGCAAACAUUAUUUUCUUGAAUCUAAUUUCCGCGCCUCAAGGAGUUCAUGUUGUGUGUAAAAAGUUCCCCAGAAUCAAGAUUGUGACAUCAGAGAUAGAGCAAGGUUUGAAUGAGGAUUUUCGAGUUAUUCCGGGCAUGGGUGAGUUUGGAGAUAGAUAUUUUGGAACCGAUGAUGCUUACUUUGGAAGUGAAGAUGAAUAGACCAUACGGCCCAUCCAUUAAAAUCAAAAAACAUCAAACAAACUCUUCAAGAAUAAAUGCAUACAUGCUGCUUAAGUGGUUGAGAUCAACGUUGGCACUUCGUCGCUGUCCAGUGGCAUCUACUUGAUUUUCGCCAAGUUGGAAGUUUUCGUAAUUAACCAUACGCCCUCCAUUAAAGGUUGUUUUUUACUCUCAUUUUUAUUCAAUUUUGCCAAAAAAAAAUAAAAAACUACGCUAAUCAGUAAUCCCUUAUAUGGGUUGGUCAGCAUCACAUUUUCGUUUCUUAUUGAAAACGAAUCAAGCAUCUAUAGACAAUUUCAUUUUAUUCAUUGAGCGUGUUAAAAGAUGUGACAUAUGCAGUCAUUGUGUGAUUUUUUGUCUCAUACAUUUAUUUUU